AUGGAUACAGAAACAUGUUUUUCUUCUGAAAGCUAUAGAGAAAGUAAUGAGGCUUGUGUUCAAGAAACAUCAGCGAAAUGUUUAAAGUUGAAAACCUAUGGAGACUUGAGAAAUAGCUACGAGAAAUUUCGAUCAUUUGGAAAAAAUAAAAAGUUUGCCAGAGAUUGCCAUAUCACAAUAAAUCCCCCUUUGUUUCAAGAGGAUGAUGAAGUCCACGUCAUAGAAAAAUGUGUUAUUCCAGAGCUACACAUCUUGCAAGGGUACGUUAACCAUUUAUUUUGGAAUGGAUUGGUGCCAUUAUUAGGUCGCGAUUGCAAAGAACUAUCAAGGCGAAACUUUCGAAGGGAAUGCAUGCCGUAA